AUUAAGACAUUCCAAACUAGAUAUGUGCUGAUGAGUUUGAAUUUUCCUAGGAAAGUUGCAGAAAUUUAAAUAUAUCUAAUGAUGCCAUAUGUUUUUUUGCAGUUCUUAAAGAUACCCUUUACAAAUCCCAUGAGUCUGCUGCUUCUGAACAGCAAAAAAGCUCAUGAAGAAACACUACAACUCCAUCCUCUCUUUGUUGGAAAAAUGCAAAACCAUGGCUGAGUUGAAACGAUUGCAUGGAUUAAUGAUCACUACAUCAGUAAUCCAAUAUGUAAUCCCACUGAGCAGGCUUGUUGAUUUUUGUGCAUAUUCGGAUUCCGGAAACCUCAACUAUGCAAAGUCAGUUUUCAACCAAAUUGAUCGGCCUAGUCUGUACAUUUGGAAUUCCAUGAUCAAGGGUUACUCCAUUAGUGAAAGCCCAGAUGAGGCUUUGACUAUGUACAGAGAAAUGCGGCAAAAGGGUUAUGCUCCGGAUCAUUUCACCUUCCCCUUUGUGCUCAAAGCUUGUUCAUUGAUUAAUGGAUAUAAUUCAGGGCAGUGUGUUCACAACUGCAUUGUGAAAACUGGGUUUGAAGUGGAUGUGUAUGCUGCUACUGCUUUGCUCCAGAUGUAUGCAGCUUGUGGUGAUAUGGAGGCGGCUCUGAAAGUGUUUGAUGAUAUUCCCAAGUGGAAUGUGGUGGCCUGGACUAGCUUGAUUGCCGGGUGUAUCAGUAAUGAUUGCCCUAUCGAAGCUGUGAGGGUGUAUAAGGAUAUGGAGCUUUGGAGUGUCGCCCCAAAUGAGAUCACAAUGGUGAAUGUGUUGGUUGCAUGUGCUAGAAGUAGGGAUAUCAAUGCUGGAAGAUGGGUCCAUGAUCGAACUGGCCAAAUGGGACUUGAUCCCUUUCAGUCAAAUUCAAAUUUCAAUGUAAUUCUCGCCACUGCCAUUGUUGAUAUGUAUGCAAAGUGCGGUAGCUUAAAGACAGCCAGGGACUUGUUCAACAAAAUGCCUCACAGAAAUUUGGUUGCUUGGAAUUCCAUGAUUGGAGCGUAUAAUCAGUAUGGCCAGGCCAAUGAAGCAUUGGAUCUCUUCUCUGAUAUGCAAAUUGCUGGUUUUGAUCCAGACAAAGCUACAUUCUUAUGUGUGAUUGGUGCCUGUGCAUUUGGGGCCUUAGUAUCAGGCCAAGCUCUGCAUGCCUAUGUCUCAAAAACGAACCUUACUGAUGAUAUUGCCAUUGGGACUGCUUUGGUGGACAUGUAUGCCAAGAGUGGAGAUGCAGAAAGGGCUCAGCAGGUCUCUGAACUGCAGAAGAAAGACGUCACAGCAUGGACCAGCUUGAUCAUAGGCCUAGCUAUGCAUGGACAUGGUGAGGAAGCACUGACUUUCUUCAAGAAAAUGCAAGAGGACACAGCCCUUAUUCCAGAUGAAAUCACAUAUAUUGGGGUCUUAUCUGCCUGCAGCCAUGUUGGAAAGGUGGAAGAUGGGAAAAACCACUUCAUCUCCAUGAAGAAUGUUCAUGGCAUAGAGCCAACAACCCAGCACUAUGGCUGCAUGGUUGAUCUUCUCAGCCGAGCAGGCCGGUUGGGAGAGGCAGAGAGGCUAGUAGAGAAAAUGCCAGUUGAACCAAACACUGCCAUAUGGAGUGCUCUCUUGAAUGGGUGUAAGAUUUACCAGAACAUCGAUGUAGCAGACCAGGUAAGAAGGCGGGUAAGAGAGCUGGAGGUUGAUGGGAGUGGAGUUUAUGUGCUGCUUUCUAACAUAUACGCCGGAGCCUGUAGAUGGGAGGAAGUGAAGAUGGCUAGAGAGCUAAUGAAGGAAAGAAAGAUUCAGAAAAGUCUUGGCCAUAGCUCAGUUGAAAUGAAGAUGUUGGCUUCAUGAUUCUUGUGUUUUCUACAUUCAUGCUCUUGUAUCAGUUCCAUCGCCCUAAAGACUUGGGCCUUAGUUAGCAAUGUUCUUUAAAUCUGUUGCUAAAAAUAGUAAUCAAUUGUUUUUGGAAAUAAAAAUAUAUCUUAGAUACUGUCAGCUCUACCUUAAAGGGCACUUACGGCUUU